AUGGGGAUGCUCUAUCUGCAGGACAAAGCAGGAGGAGGCCUGCUCUCCAUGAAUUUCCACAAGGACCUGCUCUCCAUGUCUCUUGAGGUCCAUCACUGGGAGCGAAUGAGGAGGGGCAUCCCCUACAUCGCAAUGGAGAUCCAGGCACAGAAGGAGAAGUACCGAGUGCUCAGGGAGAAUGUGCUCAUGGUCGUCCGUGACUACAACAAGAUCCUGAUGGCUCUGGACAAAGAGGAAAAGAAGCUGUUCCAUGAUCGCAUCAGGUACCUAGACCGCCGCAUCGUCCCAGGCAUCACCAAACUCACAUGGACGUCUGACAAGCACAGCCUUGAGUACUACUACAAGGAGGCCAGAAAGUUCUGCAAGGACGUGGAUGUCAUCGUCACUGCUUUCAAGGCGGCUAAUCACAAAAUCGAAACACAGUGCCAGCUUGUAGCUGAGAACUUGUUGAUCAGCGUUGAGAAAAAGAAAGUGUACUCACUGGCCGAGUUUGAGGAACGUCAAUCUUUGCACCAUGCCCAAGUGAAGAAGUUCUUUGAGCACUCAUACGCUGAAAUAAAGAACACGAUGGCAGCAACGUACAAAUUCUUUGAGAGCGACACGGAAGAGGUGCAGAGGGAGUGGGUGCGCUUCACCAAAAUGAUCGACAAGAAGAUGGAGAACGCACUGAGGCACACUGUCAAAAAGUCGCUGCAGGAACUGUCUAGAGUUCUGAAUGGAGACAACAAGACAGAGGUGGUGCCUAUUUUCCAUGUCAUGAUGGUCUUGGAGAAGAGCAACCGGGUGGAGCUCCGGCCGACGAUACAAGCGCUGUUUGAUAUGAUCCACAAUGUGUCACGAGAGCUGAUCACGGCCAUCUCCUGCGUCCCCCGCCUUGCUGUUCAGCUGUCCCCAAGGCAGCAAGCAGAAUUCCAGGAACAAGGCCAAGGAUUGCCAAAACCCUUGCCUUCUUUCUAUGAAGUCAUUUCUAACGACGAGGACACGACCUUGAAGACCAUCGUCCAAAUCACAACAGGGAUCACUUCCAUAGUGGAUAAAGUACAGCAGUUCCUAAACUACUGGGAGAGAAAGUACAAGCACCUCUGGGACCAGGACAAAGACGCCUACAUCCGGCGAUACGAGAAGGCACAAAAGCCCCUGACGUCUUUCAUUUCGGACAUCACAAAGUACCUUGACCUUCAGGAGGAGGUCCUGGCGGAGGACGCCACCACCAACAUGCGCUUCCUGCGCAUCGACUGCGGCCCCCUCAAGCAGGCCCUGGUGGGCCACUGCGAGGCCUGGACAUCCCGAUUCACCGGCCUCCUCCAUUCCCUGGCCGACACCGAGCUCAACGCCAUCCACGACUACUUCCGAUCCAGCACCGAGGCCCUGGCUCGCAGCCCCACUAAUCUGGAUCAAUUGGCCGAGGGAGUUAAUCUUCAGCGGCGAUUGGUCGAGGAGAAGCACAGCGUGACGGCGAGAUUCGAGCCGUUGAGGGAGAGGUACCGCGCGCUGGAGCGGUUCGAGGUGAGCGUGCCGGACGACCGGCUGGCGCUGCUGGAGGAGAUCGAGCCAGCAUGGGCGCGGUUCCAGGGCAUGCUGGACGAGGCGUCCGCCACGCUGGAGAAGUCCAAGGAGAACUUCAGGGAGAAAGUGAAGCACAUGGUCGACGCUUUUGCGAAAGACGUUUCGACUGCCCGUGAAGAAUUUAGCAAAGCUGCGCCAUACACGAAUGAUAACUUCACCAUCGACACCGCCUUCCAAUUCAUCGAGAGCGCCAAAGACGGAGUGAAAGACGCAAGGAAAAAGGCAGCCGACCUCAAGGCCGGCAUGGACAUCUUCCGCAUUCCACAGCCGCCCUACAAAGACCUGGGAGCCACUGAGAAGGACCUCCAGGUGUUGGAAAAGAUAUGGGGUGUGGCCAAAGAAUGGCAGACGUCCUACAUCGGAUGGAAGGACGGCAAGUUCAAGGACAUUCAGGUGGAAGCCAUGGAGGCGUCGGCCAUCGCGAUAGGCAAGACCAUCGUCAAGCUCGGUCGGGAGAUCAAGAGCUGGCCGGUGUGGGCGUGGAUGAAGGACACGGUGGAGGCCUUCAAGCGCACCAUGCCGCUGAUCACCGACCUGAGGAACGAGGCCAUGCGCGAUCGCCACUGGUCGCAGAUCAUGGAGACAGUGGGGUCGAAGUUUGACCCAUUCGCGGAUGACUUCACCCUGGACUCCAUUGUGAAGCUGCAGCUGGACCAGCACGCGGACUUCAUUUCCGAGCUGUCCACAAAUGCGACGAAGGAGCUGGCCAUUGAGCAGUCCAUUCAGGCCAUAAGCGAGGUGUGGGCGGAACUUCACCUGGACAUGGCGGAGUACAAGCAGACCUGCAAGCUGCGUAGCACAGAGGACGUGUUUGCCUCGCUGGAAGACAACGCCGUUACGCUGUCCACCAUGAAGGCGUCACGCUUUUUCGUUGUGUUCGAGAAAGACAUCACGCAUUGGGAGCAGCUGCUUUCCCUGGUGUCCGAGAUGAUCGAAAUCGUUCUCCAGGUGCAACGCAACUGGAUGUACCUGGAGAACAUCUUCAUCGGCUCCGAGGACAUUCAAAAACAGCUGCCCCAGGAGUCCCUGCUCUUCGAGGAAGUCCACCAGACAUUCAUGGCCUCCAUGAAGAAACUGAGGGAUGCCAGCCUGGUCACGGCGGCGUGCUCCCUGCCGGGCAUCCUGGAGACAUUCAGCGACAUGGACGCCAAACUGGAGAAGAUCCAGAAGUCGCUGGAGAACUACCUUGAGAGCAAGCGGCAGCAGUUCCCGCGUUUCUACUUCCUGUCCAGCGACGACCUGCUGGAGAUCCUGGGCCAGGCGAAGGACCCCAUGAACGUUCAGUCGCACCUGAAGAAGUGCUUUGAAGGCAUCAAGAAACUGGAGAUGCAUUUGCCUGGAACUGACGGACGCAUGAAUUACGAGAGCACCGGUGUGUUUUCGCCCGACGGAGAGUACCUUCCCUUCGUUGCUCCCAUCCUGACCGAGGGUCGGCCGGAGGAGUGGCUGAACAGCGCCGAGGCAGCCAUGUUCCAGACGACAAAGAAACAUCUCUACAAGGCCCUUGAGGAUUCAAAGAGCAUGAAAAAGGAAAAGUGGGUGAAGGACACGCAAGGUCAGCUGAUCAUAACAGCUGGCCAAAUCCUGUGGACCUCGGAAUGCGAAAAGGCCCUCCAGGAUGCGGACGCCGCCAAAAAGGCGCUCAGGCAGCUCAAGAAGAAGUGGCUGAGUUAUCUGAGCAAGCUCACCACCGUCACGCGCUCCCGCCUGUCCAAGAUCGAGCGGAACAAGGUGGUGUCACUCAUUACAAUCGAGGUGCACGCGCGGGACGUCAUUGAAAAACUGGGAAAGGUUGGGUGUUCUUCUACGGCCGAUUUCGACUGGGUCGGCCAGCUGAGGUUCUAUUGGGACAAGGAUAAGAACGACUGCAUCGUCAAGCAGGUGCUGUCGGUAUUCGUGUACGGUUACGAGUACCAGGGCAACAAUGGACGGUUGGUGAUGACGCCCCUGACGGACAGGUGUUACAUGACGCUGGGGGCGGCCCUGUUUACUCGCCGAGGAGGAAACCCGCUUGGGCCUGCGGGAACGGGGAAAACUGAGACA